CUUACAAAAUCGUGCACCAAUGACCUAAAACUGAAUAUUGUAUAAAAGCGUAUGAAAAAUCCAACGAAAAACAGUCGAGAAGUGCAAUCAUCAACUAAAAUUGAUAAAUUCUGAAUUAAAAAUCGUGUACCUGUAAAAUAAAAAGAGAUAAAUAUGCUCUAUGCGAGACUAUUUUUGCUAUGUUGUCUGCCAUUUGUGGUAUCGACAUUGACCGUGGUAAAAUCACAUGAGGAUCUCGAAAACGUUGCAAGUACUGAAGACAAACAACUGCGUCAUCACCAUCCAAAUCAUUUCGAAAAUAUAGAUUUUUUGCACGAAAAUGUGGAUUUUAGCUUAGAAGAACCACAACAAAUAUCAGCUGAUAAGGCGUCGAAAAUAAAUUGGUUGCCCGUUUGGGAGGAAAUUGAAAUUAUAGGGGCUAAUGACAUACGCCAAGCAGAUAGUCUACAUACGGAACCACGCUCGAAGCUUAAGACAGCAGUAGAAUAUACGCCAGAUGUGACAGUGGAGAAAGUGGUACAUGUACACCAUGUACCCGUUGAAAUACCGGUACAUGCAAAUAUUUUGGUACAGCAACCUAAACAAGCUAAAGUGGCAGAUGAAAAUUGUGAUGCACCUAAUGGACAGGGAUUAAAGAAUCUACUUAAACAAGCGAAGACAUUGAUUCCAUUCGAACGCAUCAGGGCCUUGGUCGCAAAUGCUACGGCAAAUGACAAUGAAGUUCGAGCAGUUAAGAAUUUACUUUCUACUAAUAAAUUUCGUGCUCUCGCAGCUUCACUUCAACAGACAAAUGAAGUGAGCGCACUGCGUGAUUACUUUUGUAAGGUGCUACACAUGGACCUGAGGUAUUACCUGAAUUUUGUACGUUCGUUGGUCGAUUUCAGUGCCGUUAAUCAGUUGAACAGUAAUAGCACCAGUGAUACAUUUAGAGGACGUAGAGGUAUACGUGGUCUUAUACUUGAUAUAUACGAUUUAUUACCACAACAGCAGUUGAUUGAUCUCUAUGAGAAUCUCUUCAAUAACGAUGAAUAUCUGGUAUUUGCUGUGCGCCGUCUGAAUUCUAAAGAAUUCCGCCAGUUAGUUAAGAAUUUUAAAACUACCAGACAACUGCAUGAUAUGAUUACGUUGCUUGAAAAUGUGGGCGUACCAAUAAUGGAUGUAAGAGAUUUGGUAAAUGCUGCUUUGGGUUGGCAAGGUAAUGAACCUGGCCGGCCAAACUAUAAACUAAAAAUUUGAUAAUCUAUUAUAUAUUUGAUAAAAAAAUAUAUAUUGUGUACAUAAUACAUUAAAAAUAAUACAACACAAGUAUUUAAUUACAGAGGUACGUUUCCUCUGGCUUAGACCAGUUAACUUACUUGAGAUUCAAGUAAUUCAAACAAUCUUAAGUAAGCUAACUGUCUGACGAAUCCAAGUGUAGUUAGUUAAGUUUCUGGAAGAGUAUAACAGUCUCCUCUAUAGCACUCAUGUAAAUUCAGUUGUAGAAUAUAGUAUCUACCGUAAUUAAUUAUCUUGUGUUGUUACUUUAACUAUUUUAAUUAUAAUAACAUAAAGUAAUUAAUUU